AUGUUGUCGGUCAAUGAAGUUUCUUAUCCUGGUGGUGGCUCCAAUUUGCCAGAACCUAGUCAGACAUGCAUGAACCUCAAGAAGUCCUAUCAGUCAGAUGACGAUAUCUCGUUCAGCUCAGCACCUGAAGCACCUACAACAGAUGCAGACAGCCUUUCAGUUAGUGACCCAACUAAAUAUGAUAACUUCAAACAGGACAUUUUGAGCAACCCUGACAUUCAAGGAUUUCAAGCCAUCGAACCCUCAGAUGUUUGCGACAACAUGCGUCCAUCAACAGUUUUGAGAAAUCCAACCUAUUUGAAAGACUAUGAGACCAAUUAUUCUGAUUCAUUAAGUGACUAG